AGUAUUACAGAUCUACAACUGCUAAUCAGAAGUACUAAGUGAAAAGAUGUCUGGCUUGUUCCUACUGACACUCAUGUCCCUACUCUCUGGAGUAACUGCUUUUAAAAUCAUAAAGAGCCCAUUGUGGAGUCAUCAGGAGAUCACAGAGAGAGCCAUCCUAAAUGUCACUACACAUGCCUGUCGUGCUGUGGCUGAAGCUGAAGGCUUGGACUUCACUUUUCCUGCAUCGUUCACCAUAGAAAUGGUGGCUGAAGCAUGUGCGGCGCGUGAAGCAGCAAAGAGCUUUGGCAAAAACAUACGUACCAUUAAAGACAAAAAUGCAGCAGUGGAUGUCAAGUUACUAUCCUCAAGGCGACAUUUUGAUGAUGAAACAUUUAAGGAAGGAAAGAAGCUAAUCACAGACGGAUUAGACGCUGUGAAGUCCAGCAUCAAGAAAGAUAAUAUGAAGUUUGCAAGAUCAAAAAUUGGAGAAAUAUUACAUACUUUACAGGAUUUCUACAGUCACAGCAACUGGAUAGAAAUGGGAAAUGACAAGCCAAACUCUAACGUGACCAGCAAACUGGACAGUAUUGGUAAAAUAGCAGAUAAAAAAAGGCCAACCUGUCGCAACUGUGACGGAGAUGAUUGCACAAACAAUAUUUUAGAAGAUAUCCUUGAAGAGAAACUCCUGACCUCAGGGUAUUUCUCUUUGAUUCCCUUCAAACCAUCAGGAAAAUGCAGCCAUGGUAAUUUUCCAGAUGCAUCAGCAUUGCGAACACCUAAAGGUGGAAUAAACAAGGACUCUUUGACCUCGAGUCAUGGACACCUGCACAAUCAGGCCGCUACUGUCGCUGUAGAUGCCACAUUUGAGCUGCUGAACGAUGUGCGCAGUGCAGCAGGGGAUAAAGAAUUUUUACGAAUGUUGGGGCUUAUCCCUGGAAGACCCCUGUGUUUUGUGAUUGACACAACAGGAAGUAUGCGUGAUGAUAUUGCAGCAGUGAAAGAAGUCACUUCAGAAAUAAUAAACAAAAGAGUUGGGACAAAGAAUGAGCCUUCACUUUAUAUUCUCGUGCCUUUUAAUGACCCAGAUUUUGGUCCACUUAUGAGGACUACAGAUGCUAAUGAAUUCAAGAAGGCCAUUAAUGCACUGACUCCGAAUGGUGGAGGCGAUUCACCUGAAAUGUCUCUCUCUGGAUUGCUGCUGGGCCUAACAGGUGCCCCCUUAGACUCUGAGAUUUACCUCUUCACUGAUGCUGCAGCAAAAGACUCUCACCUGAAAAGUACAGUGGCUGCACUGAUAGAAAAGACAGGGUCUGUGGUCAAUUUUAUGAUAACUAGUUUUUCAAGUUUACGUCGACGUAGAUCAAACAGUGGAAAUCAGCAGCAGAUCGCUCCUCGAAUGGCAGUUACAGAAUUCCAAGUGUACAAGGACCUGGCUGCUGCUUCAGGAGGUCAGAGUGUGGAAGUGUCAAAAAAACAGCUUCUGGAGGCCAUCAAUGUUGUUUUGGAGACUUCAACCUCAAGUGUGGUGACCCUUGUGGUCAGGAACUCAAGAAAGUCAGAAAACGUCACUUUCACAGUGGAUGAAAGACUGACAGACCUCACCAUCUACAUAACUGGGACCAACAAAGACUUCAUUCUCAUCAGCCCCACAGGUGUGGCUCAGGAGAGCACUACCACAAAUGGAUCUCUCUUCACUUCAGUGGUUGUUGGAAACCUCCAAGCUUUAAUGUUGAAAACAGAAGGGGGACUGUGGGAAAUUAGGAUGGUUUCGACAAACCCCUACUCUCUGAAGAUCACAGCCAAGAGUCCCAUAGACUUUUUCUUCAGCUUUAUGCAGCCAAUAGAAGGCCCUUUUGAGGGAUACAUUGCAAUUGAAAAUCGUCCAAAAGCAGGAGCGAAUGGCACCAUGAUGGUAAAACUAAUUGGGAGUGACAUGGCCAAUGUGACAGAAGUAUAUCUUGUUUACUCAUCCGGGUCUGGAAAAGUUAAAGGCACAGUCUCCAGUCAGGGCAAUGGAGAAUACUUAGUCCAGUUUGACACAAUCCCCUCCGAGGAGUUCACUGUGGUUGUAAAGGGGCAAAACGGCAAAAUUUCAAGCAAAUCAAUUCAACCAGCGACUUUCCAGCGACAGUCGUCUACCAGCAUCAAACCCUCCUCUGUCUCGGUCACUAUUGAUGACGAAAAUGACAUCAUUGAACCAGGUGCAACUUUGUCUAUGAAUUUUACUGUCUCCUCCAAUGGUUCAGGAGGAACAUUUAGCAUCAGAGCAACUAACGACCAAAGCUUCAGUCUAUCUUUUCCCCAGACUUUGGAGGUGGUGAGCGGCAGCAGCACUGUUGGCACACUGCAGCUAUCAGUCCCCACUGACGCUGAGUCUGGUACUGAAGUCACACUGACAGUAGAGGCUGAGGCACCAGAUGGAGACGUGAACUAUGGGGUGUUAAUGGUCACUGUCCUGAAAGAGGUGACGGAUGUGACUCGUCCUGUUUGUGAGCUGCUCAGUUUACAGGACAAUUGCACAGAAACCUGCGGUAACUCCACCUGGCAGCUCUCCGUUCGGUUGAGUGAUGGGGUAAAUGGCACCGGUAUCGUCAGAGUGUAUCACAGACAAGGCAACGGCACGCUCAACACAACUGUAGAUGCCAACGACACCGUGGCGUCCUAUGAAGCUUCCUGCUGUUCUCCUACAGUAGAGAUAAUUGUUGUAGAUGCUGUAGGUAACGUAGGUUCCUGUUCGUUCACAACUCGAGUGGCAAGCAGCGCCAUGACAACAGCAAAACCAACAGAUGCACCAACUACCACACCAAACAGCAGUACUACAGUUGGUGCAUUGUCUGUGGCGCCAAAAGUCAACCAGUCCUUUCUCCUUUGUUUCUUCAUUACCCUACUUGCUGUUCAACAUAAGUAAAAAAAAGAUUCUUUAAGAUAUGAAAUAAUUUAAUGCUUAUAAUCAGAAAGAAUUAUAUGAUAUCACCCUUGUAUUAUUUUAUGCUAAAUGUGAAACCACCUAUUAAUGAUUAAGUUAAUAUAUAACCAAUGUCAUUAAACUAUUAUUAUGAAACUUGUUUAAAAUCGCACCAUCUUUUAAUAAAAACAGGAUGUUCAUAAAUGUU